UGAUUUCCAGCUCCAGGAAGAGCACCGAGAAAAACAACAGCAGUAAACAGCUCAGCUCACCGACACCUGCUCGCUAAUAUCGGCUUUAAUAUCACUGCUCCACCAUUCAGCAUGUCUGACUCCGCUGGAGACACUCAGUUUCAGGACGAGAGCACGAUGAGCGACGAGCUCCAGAAACUCAAGGAUCUGAUCGAGAGUGCGGAUAAUGAGAGGUCCAGACUGCUGCUGGAGAAGGCGGAGUCCGAGAAGGAGAAGAGGAGAGCAGAAGCAGAGCUGGAGAGAUGGAUGAAGGACGAGGAGAUCCAGGAGGAGCAGUUCAGGAGAGACCUGGAGGAGCUGCAGGUGGAGAUGAAGAAUCUGGAAUCAGUAAACCGGACUCUGAAGAAGGAACUGGAUGAUCUUAAGGACAAGCUUCAGCUGAAGGAGGACGAGAUCGACUCUCUGCAGCAGAAGGCUGCGUGGUGGGCAGGCGCUCAUCACCUUCGAGGAGGACAAGGUGGCUGAACAGAUCCUCCGGCUGGCCAAGUGUUCAGUUGCCUGUGACAAAGCCAAAAUGGAGGUGAAGCCGUGCGCAGUUACCCUGGAGCCCACAGUCAAGUAUGAGGUCCACAUCACAGUGUCCAAGAAGACAGUGAGGUUCCAGUUCCAGAAGGCUCCUCCCCCUUUCCCUGCUGAGCGAAUCAGGGACCGGCUGGAGCUGAGCUUCUGCAAAGCCAAUCGGGGAGGAGGAGAAGUGGAGGAGCUGCAUUAUAAUGAAGAGGGCGGAGCUGGCACAGUCACCUUCAGCAGCAGUGCAGUGGCGGAGCGUCUGGUUCUGCGGGGACGCUACACUGUGGACGUCUGUGGGGAAGCAGAUGUGGAAAUCCUGCCGGUGUACGAGUACCAGCUGCGCAAGUUCCAGACGUUCUCAGGCGUCGCGAGCCGCACACAGCUUCUGAAGGAGAUGCAGGCUCUGCUGGAUGAGGAGGACAUGCAGGAUCACAUGGAGAUCCACUUCCAGAAGCCCAGCAAGUACGUCGGGGAGGUGGAGAACAUACGGUACGUGCCGGACAUAGAGAGGGUGACCGCCUUCUUCAGCGAGGACCACACCACAGCCGACCCCUGACCCCUGACCCCUGACCAGCGGAGGAGCGCUGUGAUCCAGCUUCAUCAUCCACAUCUCUCUGGGCUCUCUGGGUUCUUCUGCUUCUGUCUGCUGCUGGAUCAUCAUCUCUGAGCUCAGCAUCAUCAGACACCGACACGUCCAUCAUGAGGGGUUGAGUCUUCAUCAUGAGUCUUCAUCAUCAGAUCAGUCAUGUUCACUGUGUGAUUCUGCGUCAAAUAAACCUCAUUCCUCAACAUUA